AUGGCGGCGCAAAUACCACCGGCGCUGCGCAGCGCAGUCGACGCUGCUUCAGACACUCUCGCGCAUCUCACAAAACGAAUCAACAUCCCGCUCGCGCCCAACAGCCCACCCGGCCUAGUACAGGCGCUCACGCUGGACCCAUGGACGGAGUCGGGCAAGUACGGGCUGGGAUGGACGUAUUUUGCGCUGGCGAUCGGCUUGCUGGCGGUGUUGAUGCGGGUGUGGCACUACUGGCAGGACAAGAUUCGGCAGGCCAUCUACAAGCAGGAGAUGGAGGAGCACUUCCAGGCGCUGUACUCGCUCGACCCCGGGUGGGAUCGGUCUGCGGCGCUCGCGACGGGCGCCACGAUCGCCGAUUCGAAUCGGCAUUUCUUUCCGGAUGAGGCGCCACAGCCAGGGUCGGGAGGACUGGAGGACCAAAAGUUCAAGCCCCGGGCGCACUUUUCUUCGGUCGGGUUCGUCAACGACACGCUGGCGCUGUUCCGAUGGGUGUUUUACCGCCCCAUCCCAGACGUGGUGGUGCCGGGGACCAAGUUCCGGUUCACGUUCAGCUCGCUGGCGGUGCUGUUCUGCGUGUUCAUCGCGCUCUCGUUCGUGACGGUGUUUUGCUUCCUGCAGCAGCCGCUGUACUGGCAGAGCAUCCGCUUCGGGUCGCCUCCGCUGGCGAUUCGGUCGGGCAUGAUCGCCGUCGCCAUGACCCCCUGGAUCGUGGCCACUAGCACCAAGGCCAACGUCUUGACGUUGAUCACGGGGAUCGGCCCGGAGCGUCUUAACGUGUUCCACCGCUGGCUGGCGUACCUGUGCCUGUUCAUGUCGCUGGUGCACAUGGUGCCCUUCUUCAUCCAGCCGGUGUGGGAGGACGGCGGGAUGCAGGUGUUCCAAACACUAUUCCCGCCCGACAGCGGCAUGAUCAUCUACGGUUCCGGCAUCGCGUGCUUCGUGCCGUUGUGCUGGCUCUGCGUGGGGUCGCUGCCCAUCCUGCGGCGUACGGCAUACGAGUUGUUCUCGCUGCUGCACGCGCCCGUGGGGUACAUCUACGUGGGCGUGCUGUUCUGGCACACCAAGAAUUUCCUCAUGUCGUGGGGCUACCUAGGCGCGUCGGCGGGCAUUAUUGUGUUGUGCAAUAUCUACCGGCUCUGGAACCUCAACUGGGUGCGACCCUGGCGCAUGGCCUGGCUGGUUGGCGACGAGGCCGCCAUCAACAUCAUGACCGAGAACGCCAUCAAGAUCACCAUCCCGACCCAGAUGCGCUGGAAGCCGGGUCAGUACGUCUACCUGCGCAUGCCGGGCAUCUCACUGCUGGAGAAUCACCCUUUUACCAUCUCGUCGUUGUGCAGCGAGGAUUUCCCCUCCGAGUACGGCGAGGCGUACCGUGAUUGUGUGCUGGUGUUCCGCCCCUACGGCGGCUUCACUCGCCGGGUGCUCGAGACGGCCAUCGAAAAGGGGCCCUUCCACACCUACCGGGCCUUUCUCGACGGUCCCUACGGUGGCAUGCGCCGCGAGCUGGCCGCGUUUGAUACCUGCAUCCUCAUCGCCGGCGGCAGCGGCAUCACCUCGCUCAUGUCGCAGCUGCUGAACCUCAUCAAGCGCAUGCGCGACGGCAAAGCCAUUACCAAGAAGAUCGUGGUCGUCUGGGCCCUCAAACGCCUCGAGGCUAUGGACUGGUUCCGCGAGGAACUGCGCAUCUGCCGCGAGGCUGCUCCGCCCGAGAGCGUCACCUGCAAGUUCUUUGUUACCUCCUCGGUGCGACACAAGGAGGCACCGGGAGCCGCAAGCGGGUACCAAGGCCGCGCGCCCCGGCCCCUGAGUAACCUGUUCCACGACAAGCUGGACGGGUUCGUCGCGGGCAUCGCGAGCAAGCGCAACAGCGCCUUCAUCGCGGCCGAGGCGCAGGGGGAUCCAGACCGUGAACAGGAACUGCGGCGCGAAGACGAGGACCGCAUUACAGCGCUGCCGCAGCAAAAGUAUCUCCAACCACAUACCAUCCCACCGGCACCGCCCGGUCCACCGCCGGGUAACAGCGGGUUGACCCCGGCCGAGGAAGCACUCCGUCAACUCGAAGGCCGCGGAGCUGCUCCUGCCGCUGCUGCUCCUCCUUCUACCUCAUCCGGCAGCCACCACCAGAGUAAAAAGAGUGACGGCGAGUUCCAUUUCCCGCCCCUCGGUGCCUCGCGCGCUGAUGGGAACACCCCGCACUUUAACUAUGCACCGCCGGCGGGUAGACAGCGGUACAGCCAGAUCUUGUCCGAAGCCGCUGCCGAGCCGCGUCACAGUGGUGCUUACAGCGGUGGUGGUGGUCAAGGUCAAGGUCAAGGCCAAGCGGACUACCCGAACAACAACACCAACAACAACCCCGAAGGCAAUACCGAGGGUAACAACGACCUCCGCCCCCCCGAACUCGCCCACCUCCGCACCAACGUCCCCAACACCACCAACGGUUUCACCCGCCCCCGUCCCACCAGCACCAUAGGCGGCGGCGGCCCCCCAGCAGGUUUCGACUUCGGUUUCCCCGAAACCCCCACCGACUUCCAACGCUCCCUGAUGCGUUUCGCCUUCCCCAUCCCGCACGAGAUUGAUGCCGACAGCGGAUGGAGCGUGGAAUACGGCCGGCCAGACUUGGGGUAUAUGCUGAAGCAGUGGGCUACGGGGGGGCCGGAGGGGAGGGGGAUUUUGGGACGGAGGACGGCGGUGUUUGUUUGUGGACCGCCGGCUAUGAGGGUUGGUGUGGCGACGACGGUGGCGAGGUUGCAGGCGGAGAUUUGGGGGGAUGAGAUGCUGGAGGAGAUUUUUUUGCAUACGGAGAAUUAUGCUUUGUAG